AUGUGCAAUCCCGUAGAUUUCGUAGAUAGGCAGGCCUGGUCCAACCUGCUGAUCCUCUCCGGGCUGAGAGGAUCUGUCAGCGGUGGAGGCUCCGCGCACGCCCUCACGCGCUCACUCACUCAUGGAGCCGCACUGAACCUCAGCGGUCCUCACAUGGACAUCAGCAUCAGCAGCAAAAUGGACACAGGAGACGCCACCUCCAUGGAGGUGCUGGUGAGUGAGCUGGGAGCGCUGCUCAGGAUGCUGGACCAGGAGCACCUCAGCUCCUCCACCCAGGAGAAGAAGACCUCGGUGUGGAAGCUCCUUCAGCAGAUCCAGCCGUCAGUGUCUGGCACAGACUACAUCUAUGUGAACUCAACAGUGUACAGAAACGGGACAAGCUUUGUUGAGUCUCUCUUUGAUACUUUUGAUUGCGAGCUUGGAGACCUAAAGGAUGUUACAGAUGAUCUCAAAGAAGAAAAGGAACACGAAACCGAUACUUUAAAAGAGGCGAGUGGAAAAUGCAGCUGUGCACACUCGGCUGAUUCUCCUCCCCCUCUGCCCACAACGCCUCCCCCCGAGGAGUACUAUGAGGAGGCAGUGCCCCUCGGUCCUGGCAAGAUGCCUGAGUAUAUAAUCACACGAGUAAGGCCCAGCCCUCCCAACUCUAUAGAAGAUGGCUAUGAAGAUGCUGAAAGCAGCUACCCAGCUACCUGUGUAAACUCGCAGCGCAAAAACUCCUACAACGACUCUGACGCCCUGAGCAGUUCCUACGAGUCCUACGAAGAGGACGAGGAAGAGAGGAGCCCGGGCGCUCAGCUCACUCAUCAGUGGCCCUCGGACGAGAGCUCCAUGCCUCCUGCCAGAGACUGUCGCAUUUGUGCCUUCCUGCUGCGAAAGAAGCGCUUCGGCCAGUGGUCCAAACAGCUGACCGUCAUACGGGACAACAGGCUUCAGUGCUACAAGAGUUCCAAAGACUCAUGCCCCUAUGUGGACCUGCUGUUGCCCCAAUGCACUGUAGUCUACGUUCCAAAGGACAGCAAGAGAAAGCACCAUGAGCUGAGGUUCACGUUACCCAAUGGAGACGCUCUGGUGCUGGCAGUGCAGAGCAAGGAGCAGGCUCACACAUGGCUCACGGUACACACGGUUGUCAGAGAGGUGAGCGGCCAGAGCGUAGUGACCGAUGAGCGAGCGUCCCCUGUCAUUCUGCGGAAAAACGAACUGGACAAGAGGCUAUCUGCAGAGAGGAACACAUCCGAUUCAGACAGCGUGGGAGUGUCGGCCGGAGAGAACAGCAGGGAGAACGGUAAAGUUAAACGGGGCGCCUUCGCUGCGGGCCGCAAGAUCACACGCAUCAUCAGCUUCUCCAAAAAGAAACCCCCUCGGCCCGGUGACCCUCGGUCCACCUUCAGGGACCCUCGGCAGGGCUACCUGUCUGUACUGGUGAACCAAGUGUGGCGAGAGCAGUGGUGCUGUGUGUGCAGAGGCUCCCUGUAUUUCUACCAUGACAGGGGAGACCCUCGGACCACCUUGCCAUCCCUUCCUCUCCAUGGCUGCGAGGUGGUUCCGGGCCUCGGGCCUAAACACCCAUUUGCCUUUCGUAUUCUGCGAAACUGCACAGAAGUGGCUGCUCUGGAGGCGGGCAGCUCUGAGGAGCUGGGACGGUGGCUCGGCGUCCUGUUGGCAGAAACGGGCUCUGCAACAGACCCAGAGUCUUUGCACUAUGACUACGUUGACGUGGAAACCAUCGCCAACAUUCGGGACGCUGCACGGCAUUCCUUCCUGUGGGCUACCUCCUCCAGCAGCACCUCCACGGAUUCCAGAACGUACGAUGAGGUCCCCAAUGAGGACACACAGGCAAGGGAGAACCGCAAGCAGCAGCCUGGGAAUCAAGCGAAGCGACGCUCGAGUUUCUCAAGCAGCGACUCCGACAGAACCAAGCCGUCAGUCUCCCUCAAGCGAACAGGCUCCAAUGCCAACCAGUAUGGAAAGUAUGGGAAAACGCGAGCAGAGGAGGAUGCCAAGCGGUACCUCCGAGAAAAAGAGGAGCUGGAAAGGGAGAGGGAUGGGAUCCGAAAUGCACUCGUGACUCUCCGACAGGAGAAGAGGGAGAGGAAGGAAGAGCUGAAGACCGCCUCUGAUAAGAGGAAGCCCCUCCUCAACAAGCAUGUAUCCCAGCUGGAGGAUACCUGCCGAGCCAAAGAGGCGGAGAGGGUGGAUUUGGAACUCCGACUGACUCAAGUCAAAGAAAACCUAAAGAAGAGCCUGGCAGGUGGAGCGCUGGGUGUGCCCGUGGAGGGCAAACCUCCUGUUAAAGGGUCCAACAGAACAAUCCAGAACAUCUACAGCAAUUCUUUACCUGUGAACUGUGCCUCAGAAAUACGAAGGAGACCACCGUCCGUCUAUGCCUCCUCCUCUGGAACAGUCAUGCAGAAAGCAAAGGAAUGGGAGUCAAAGAAAGGAACCUAGGACAGGAUUUGAAGGAAUGGACUGGAGGCUUAAUGGAUAUCAGUGUGUGGGUUUUUUUCAACCCACAGCCCCUGAAAGGCAGAUGUGUCAUUUUACAUUACAGGGGACAUGCAAACUGCAAGGACAAAAUCAGCCACUAGGUGGAGGUACUUUCUCACUGAAUAUUUACUCUUGGAACUCUUGUAUCACACUCUGCAUCCAAGAAUCUUUAUUGUCUUGUGUGGAACCAUUAGAAAUGUGGAAAAAAAAAGGAAGGUAGAAAGUGGAGCUCAGGCAUAAAAGAGACAAGAAAGUGAAUGAAGAAUAGAGGGAGUGCACAGACUUUGGUGCAAUGAAUAGUGACCCCAGCAACGGCAUGUUUGACUGUUGAGUAAUGUGAUGUUAGGAUCAGAUGGGCGAGAGUUGGAUUUGAUAUGCUCUGUAUGUAAUUCCACAUUUUCCCUCUGCCUACAUAGUGCCCAAUGACUGCUGCUUCCUUUAUUUCAUACAUUCACAGUUUCUUAUUUGUCAUUAUCAGUGGCAUGCAGCAGUGUGCAAAGUUUUAACAUACAGAAAGCAAAAAUUGCAUAAAAUCUUUAUUGUGUCCUUCAUUUAAUGCCCAUUCAGCCAAAUAGACCAAAAAUAAAAUCAAAAUUGGAUAACAUGGGAUAACAUGAGUAAUUUCGCAGUGGAAUAUGCGAGAUUCCUCUUCUUCAUCUACUUGGUGCUUUUAAAGAAUGCGGCUGCAAUUUGGGUUCAUCAAAAACCACCCUAAUGGAUAAGUAUCCAAACUUUCUGAAUGUCAGAAAAUGUGCUCGGUACCAUUUGAGACAUGGAUGUUCAGUUGCCUGGAAAAGUGCUGCCGCGUGACCUUUAGUUCCUGUUGCAGCUCACUUCUCUGCUUGGAUGGAAGCAGCCUUCGUAAUUAAAUCAGAGUCUGGUGUCCGCUUGACUGUCUUUGGCACACAGUCAAAAAGAAUUGUCUUGUAUUAUAUGCAGUUGAAUUACUAACAAAGUGGUGCUUGUACAGUAUGUGAUGCAAAUUCAUUUUUAAAAACUUUAAUUCAUUGAAACACCUUCUCUGUUGAAUCUGUGGUCGACUUUGCACUUUACUUACCUGGAUGAGGGACCAAUAAACUUGCAUCUUAUUGUCUAACCGGUCAAACUUCAGUUGUUUGAUGCCCCACACACAUUUAAAGCCUUUCCCAUGUAAAUAAACCAAUAAAGCUUAGUCAUUUCAGUUAUCAUUGUUUUAAUUGCACAAUUGUACACUGUGAAGUGAGGAUACAGUUUUUUUUCUCAUGACCAACAAUGCAUUAUAACCAAAGCAAGACGGGAAGAAAAAAAAAAAGGUAAACAUCGACAUGAAUGCAGAGUAAUGCAGCAGAGUAUUUCAGCUGUUUAGAAAGAA